AUGUCUUACAUUGCCCCGGUACACAAACCGACGAGCAUCCGACAUGCUCUCCGCAUCCGAUUCCUGUCUCCAGAUGUGGAAGAUCUGGUUGUCGCGAAAGCCAAUCGGCUCGAGAUAUGGCGUCUUACGGACGAUGGCAUGACUUGUCUUCAUACAAAACUCAUAUACGGAACUAUAUCCAUGCUUCAACGUUUGCAACCCAAAGACUCCGAUACCGACUUGCUCUUUAUAGGCACCGAUCGAUUACAAUAUUUCAAUGUCGCCUGGAAUCCCGAGACGAACCAGUUAGAUACCGUCGAACAACCCAUUGAAGAUGCCGCUGAGCAAUACAUGCGGCACUCCCAGAGCCAGAACAAGUGCCUGGUAGACCCAACCGGCAAAUUUAUGGCCAUGCACCUAUGGGAGGGCGUGCUCAACGUGUUCCGGCUGCCUACACGCAAGGGUAUCACGACAAAGCUAGUAGCUCUCGACCAAGUGCGGCUAACAGAGCUCUGGAUGAAAGCCAGCACCUUUUUACACAGCCGAACUGGACAUCCGAGAAUCGCCUUCUUAUACAAGACCCAGCUCGACCAAGAAGAGGCUCGGGUAGCUGUAUACAGGCUCACAAAAGACGACAAAGGUGGCGAUGUGGCCAGAUUCGACCCUCACAAGGAGAGAGAGCUUGACCAGGUCAUUUCGGACCCGUACGCAUCCAUGCUCAUUCCGGUUCCUGUCAAUGAAGAAAAACGAUAUCAUGUUCGCAACAACGAGGGAGCAAAGGCACAUCUAGGAGGGUUGUUGGUGGUUGGGGAGACGCUGUUGACAUACUUUGACAGCCUCACCUACUCCAGUGUCUCCUCAACCUUGGAGAAGCCAAAAAUAUACGUUGCUUGGGCAGAAUAUGAUGACGUUCACUACCUGCUAGCCGACGACUAUGGAAGGCUCGAUCUAUUAACCAUCGAAACCAACCUGGAACCGACUGGUAUUGUGGUGACUGGCAUGACUGUCGCCCCUAUGAAGUUUCCCGAAGGCCUGCCAUAUACUUCUCGAGCUUCGUCUCUUGUUUAUAUGGGAGAUAACAUGCUCUUCCUUGCGUCGCAUCACGGCAAUUCUCAGCUGCUUCGUAUUGAUAUCAAGAAAAAAAUCAUGCAGGUGGUCAAAUCUCUAUCAAACAACGCACCAGUUCUAGAUUUUGCCAUUAUGGAUAUGGGAAACAGAGAGGGAGAUAGUCAAUUCGGCAACGCCUUCUCUUCUGGCCAGGCUCGAAUUGUCGCCGGAUGCGGUGCAUACCAUGAUGGCAGCUUGCGAAGCAUCCGGAGUGGUGUUGGGCUUGAUGAUGAGGGCAUAUUGGAUGAAAUACAGGACACGAAGGGGCUUUUUACUCUACGGUCCCAUGUUGCUAGUCAGGUAGAUACGGUUGUGGUAUCAUCUGUUGCAGACACAAGAGUGCUUAGAUUUGACCCUGCGGGUGGCAUAGAGGAAGUGUACGACUUCCAAGGGUUGCGUUUGGAUAAGGAGACAUUGCUAGCUACCAACAUAUCCGACGGCCGACUCCUCCAAAUAACACCGCAAUCUGUCGUUUUGCUGGACUCAGAGAGUGGUGUGGCUUUGUGUUCAUGGGAUGUCCCGAAUGGCAAAUCUAUCACGGCGGCAUCAGCAAAUUCUGGUUGGGCCUUGGUUUCAAUCGAUGGGUCAACGCUCGUUUCUUUGAAUCUCCACGAUAACUUGACCGCCGUUUCACGAGAUACGACCCGAGAUGCCUCGACAGGACAGCUCGACCAGAUCUCAUGUCUUCACGCCGCACGCGAUUCUCCUGACAUAGGAGUGGUGGGUUGGUGGGCUUCGGGAACUAUAUCCAUUGUCAAUCUUGCUACACUGGAACCUUUACACGGCGAAUCGCUAAGGCAAACCGAGGAUAGUGCGUCGGUGCCUCGGGAUAUUGCGCUGGUGCAACUUCAUCCACCAAAUGUUUCCGGCGCCACGCUCCUCGUCGCGUUGGAAGAUGGCAAUGUUGUUACCUUCAACAUGUCUAUGCAAGGCUACACGAUAUCAGGUCGCAAGAGUGUGACUUUGGGGAGCAGCCCUGCCCGUCUGCAUGUUCUUCCACAAGACGAUGGGACUUGCAACGUAUUUGCAACUACCGAGCACGCUAGCUUGAUCUAUAGUGCUGAGGGAAGAAUUAUAUAUUCUGCUACAACUGCAGACGACGCAACAUUCGUCGCGCCGUUUGACUCCGAGGCUUUUCCUAACUCAAUCAUUCUUUCUACAGACAACCAUAUACGGUUGUGCCAUAUUGAUAAGGAACGCCUUACACAUGUCAAGACACUUCCUGUCAAAGAGACUGUCCGACGUGUUGCAUAUUCGCCUACAUUGAAAGCGUUUGGUUUGGGUUGUAUCAAGAAGGAGCUUCGCAACAAUGAAGAAAUCAUAACUAGCUCAUUUAGGCUUGUUGAUGAAAUUGUAUUCCAAGAACUUGGCGAGCCAUUUGUCCUCAAUGCAUCUACCUCUCUAGAAAUGGUUGAAGCUGUCAUUCGAGCAGAAUUGCCAGAUAGCACAGGCAAUCUUGCGGAGCUGUUUUUUGUGGGGACAAGUUUCAUAACGGAUGAUGAUGGCAUCGAAGAAAACGAUACCCGAGGGCGAAUCUUAGUACUCGGUGUUGACGAACGUCGGCGAGUGUACCAGAUCGUUUCUCACAAUCUGAAGGGGGCUUGCCGAUGUCUUAGCACUCUUGGGGAGCAUAUUGUGGCCGGCCUUUCGAAAACCGUGGUAGUGUACAACUAUGUGGAAGAAACCACGACAACCGGUUCUUUGCAAAAGCUGGCAGCUUAUCGGCCUGCUUCGUUUCCCAUGGACCUCGACAUCUCUGGUAAUAUGAUUGGGGUAGUUGACCUCAUGCAGUCUUUGUCUUUGGUAGAAUUCUUCCCGUCUCAAGAUGGAUCUCGGCCAAGGUUGGAGGAGACGGCGCGUCAUUUUCAACCUGGAUGGGCCACGUCAGUGUGUCAUCUCGAUGGUGAGAGGUGGCUGGAGGCAGAUGCCCAAGGAAACAUCAUUGUUCUGCAAAGAAACCCAGAGGCUCCCACAGAGCAAGAUCGAAACAAAUUGGAGGUCACAGGUGAGAUGAAUAUUGGAGAGCAGAUAAAUCGCAUUAGGAAACUACAUGUUGUAUCUGGUGAGAACGCCGUGGUGUCACCUAAGGCGUUCCUUGGAUCAAUUGAGGGAACGUUGUAUCUUUUCGGCGAAAUUGCACCAAACUACCAAGAUUUGCUUUUGACUUUCCAGUCGAGGCUGAAAGAUUUUAUCUAUGCUCCUGGAAACAUCAGUUUCGACUUGUGGCGCGCGUUUAGGAAUAAGGCUCGUGAAGGCGAUGGACCGUUCCGCUUUAUAGACGGGGAAAUGAUAGAAAGGUUUUUGGAUUUAGACGAAGAGAAGCAAGAACUCGUCUGUGAAGGCCUUGGGCCAAGCGUUGAGGAUAUGAGAAAUAUGAUAGAAGAACUGAGGCGGAUGCAUUGA